UAAUGACGUCUGGAAGAAGAAAACGUGUUUUCGGUCUCGCGAAUCGUUUUAUUUAUGUAAAAAUAGUCAAAUCAGUGCCACGAGAGAAACUAAGGCACCCGUGGCUACUAAGCCGGCUAAAGCUUUUUUGGCUCUGAAUCUGAAAGAGGAGCCUGAAUUCAAGACGAAAGUCCAGGAGAUGAAGAAGCGACCCAAAAAGACAGGUGGAGUUCGACUGAUUGUCACCAAGAUCUUUGCUGAGACAAUGAACAACUACCUGAUGGGCGAGAUACUGAUCAAAUGUAAUCAGGUUCCUACUGAGGUGCAUGAGGAGUUGUUUGUGGGAUCACAGAGAGCUUUUAAGAAGCUGUGGCUCGCUACAACGAGACACACACCAGAGGAGGUCAAGGAGAUGGCCGGACGACUCCUACAUAAAGAGGCCAAGCUCCGUAAAAGGCUGGCAGAGAAGGGAAUCCACUACGACUUCCCAGGGUUUGCUUCUCAAGUGCAACAUAAUAAAAAGUUAGAUGACACUGUGAAUGCAUCCACGUGUAAUGAGACGUGACUCCAGUGUGAACCACCUCAGUUCUGGACAGGAGGAGGUCCAUGAAGAUCAACGAUGAGGAUGGCGAAAUCAUCAAGAAUACCCCCGCCCCAAAAAAGUCUAAAGGCAAAUGUAAAGAGAAAGGGGGAUAUCUAGUCAGACUGUACAACUGAACGCAUUCAACUGAAUGCCUUCCACAUUUAACCCCAACCCCUCUGAAUCAGAGAGGUGCGGGGUGCUGCCUUAAUCGACAUCCAUGUCUUUGGCACCUGGGGAACAGUGGGUUAACUGCCUUGCUCUGGCAGAAUGACAGAUUUUUACCUUGUCUGCUCGGGAAUACGAUCGAGCAACCUAAGGAGCAGAGUCUGACUAAGAUUCCUCCUCUGAGGAAGAGGAGACUGAGGAGGAGUCCUUCCUAGAAGGGAGUGAGAAGCCCACAACGUGUGAAGAGCCCUCAGGGGACAAGAGCCAGUCGUAUAGGAAGGAGCAUAGUGAACGAACGUCAACGCCUGUUGUUUAAGGGACAAUGACUCAAUUGAAUUGCCUUGCUUGUAAAAAUGUAUCUGCUUUACAAGGUGGUUGGUCCUCUAUAUAAUUACACAGAGGAGAAUGACUAGAGAGUCAAUGACUGUUUGACAGUGUUAGAGCCUAUGCACCUGUAUAGCACCUCCUAAAGUCCCAUAGCCAAGGCCUAAAAUUAACACCUGCCAAAUGUGGGUGGAUUUUGGUAUUUACUGGUAAGAUGUUGAUUUCACCAGCCCAGUUCGGGGUGGUCAAGGCUCCACAGUGCAAGCAUUUCACUCUCAUUUGUGAAUAAAAAUAGUAGAAGUAUGAUGACAUUUAUAUAAAAUAAAUGCUGGAGUAGCUGUUUUCAAAUUAUUUCUGCCGUUUUGUUUCAGAGCUGGUAAAUUAAUUCACAAAGUCAAAGAACUAGCUACGAAUCCUGGGUUGCACCGCCGUCUCUCUGUUGUGUUGUUGCCAUUGCUAUCAACGUUCUACAGAUGCCGCAGCAUAUUGAUGUCUGACUGAUGUUUAAUGCAAAGUCUUUCUGAACAGGGCUAAUGACGUUUUUUCGCCAAAUUUACUCUAUAGUGGCCUGGAAAUACAAUGACAAAAAAACCUUGUCAUCAUUAUGUCAAGUGAAUUUAAAAAAUAUAUAAAUUUCAUUUUUUAAAAUUUCAUUUUUAUCCACUGGGCUGAUAUGCUUGAUCCAUUUUUGCUGUAGCUUUCUGCCCCCCAGAUUGCUGAAUCAUAUUGAAUCACCUGACUAUUAUAUCUGGUACUAUCCCCAAGGUUUGGAAGGUGGCCCAUGUACUCCCCCUUCACAAAGGUGGAGACCCUUGUGACCUACAGUUGAAGUCGGAAGUUUACAUACACCUUAGCCAAAUACAUUUAAACUCAGUUUUUCACAAUUCCCACCAUUUAAUCCUAGUAAAAAUUCUUAGGUCAGUUAGGAUCAACACUUUAUUUUAACAAUGUGAAAUGUCAGAAUAAUAGCAGAGAAAGAUUUAUUUGAGCUUUUAUUUUUUUCAUCACAUUCCCAGUGGGUCAGAAGUUUACAUACACUCAAUUAGUAUUUGUUAGCAUUGCCUUUAAAUUGGUUAACUUGGGUCAAACGUUUCGGGUAGACUUCCACAAGCUUCCCACAAUAAGUUGGGUGAAUUUGGUCCCAUUCCUCCUGACAGAGCUGGUGUAACUGAGUCAGGUUUGUAGGCCUCCUUGCUCGCACACGCUUUUUCAGUUCUGCCCACACAUUUUCUAUAGGAUUCAGGUCAGGACUUUGUGAUGGCCACUCCAAUACCUUGAAUUUGUUGUCCUUAAGCCAUUUUACCACAAUUUUGGAAGUAUGCUUGUGGUCAUUGUUCAUAUGGAAGACCCAUUUGUGACCAAGCUUUAACUUCCAGACUGAUGUCUUGAGAUGUUGCUUCAAUAUAUCCACAUCAUUUUCCUGCCUCAUGGUUUGCAACUGCACAUGGGGACAAAUAUCACACCUUUUGGAGAAAUGUCAUCCAUUUAGUGAAGUGCACCAGUCCCUUCAGCAGCAAAGCACCCCCACAACAUGAUGCUGCCACCCCCGUGCUUCAAGGUUGGGAUGGUGUUCUUUGGCUUGCAAACAUCCCCUUUUUUCUCCAAACAUAACGAUGGUCAUUGUGGUCAAACGGUUCUAUUUUUGUUUCAUCAGAUCAGAGGACAUUUCUCCAAAAGGUAUGAUAUUUGUCCCCAUGAGCAGUUGCAAACCAUAGUCUGGCUUUUUUUAUGGCUGUUUUGGAGCAGUGGCUUCUUCCUUACUGAGCGGCCUUUAAGGUUAUGUCGAUAUAGGACUCGUUUUACUGUGGAUAUAGAUACUUUUCUACCUGUUUCCUCCAGCAUCUUCACAAGGUCCUUUGCUGUUCUGGGAUUGAUUUGUACUUUUCGCACCAAAGUAUGUUAAUCUCUAGGAGACAGAAUGCUUCUCCUUCCUGAACGGUAUGACGGCUCCGUGGUCCCAUGGUGUUAUACCUGUGUACUAUUGUUUGUACAGAUGAACGUGGUACCUUCAGGCAUUUGGAAAUUGCUCCCAAGGAUGAACCAGACUUGUGGAGGUCUACAAUUUGUUUUCUGAGGUCUUGGCUGAUUCCUUUUGAUUUUCCCAUGAUGUCAAGCAAAGAGGCACUGAUUUUGGAAGUAGGCCUUGAAAUGCAUCCACAGGUACACCUCCAAUUAACUCAAAUUGUCAUUUAGCCUUCCAGAAUCUUCUAAAGCCAUGACAUAAUUUUCUGGAUUUUUCCAAGCUGCUUAAAGGCACAGACAACUCAGUGUAUGUAAACUUCUGACCCACUGGAAUUGUGAUUAAGUGAAAUAAUCUGCCUGUAAACAAUUAUUGAAGAAAUUACUUGUGUCAUGCACAAAGUAGAUGUCCUAACUGACUUGCCAAAACUAUAGUUUGUUUGGAGUGGUUGAAAAAUGAGUUUGAAUGACUCCAACCUAAGUGUAUGUAAACUUCCAACUUUAUAUAAUUAUCGCCCUAUUUCUAAACUUUUUUGCCUAGCUAAAAUAUUAGAAUCUUUGGUUAAUUCACAGCCAAGAUCUUUAUCUUUGAAAUGUAAUCGAAAUGUCCAUCAAUCAAUCGGGUUUUAGACCAGGUCAUAGCACUAUCUCUGCUGCAUCCCUAGUUAUAAAUUAUGUGGUUAACUGUAUGGAUAAAAGGUAACAUUGUGCUGCCCUCUUCAUUGACCUGUCAAAGGUUCUCGAUACUGUUGAUCACUCACGGCUAAUUCGCAGGCUUUCCUCAAUUGGCCUAGACCAGGCUGCAUGUAACUGGUUUACAAAUUACUUGACAGAUGGACCUCAGUGUAUCGACUGAUGGUGUUAAAUCAGGUUUCCUGGAUGUUACGAAAGGUGUCCUGCACAGGUCGAUUCUGGGUCCUGUACCUUUUACAGUUUACAUUAACAAUAUCGACUUUUCUGUAAAAAACAAACCUGCACUUGUUUGCCAAUGAUAUUGUUGUGUAUGCUAUUCCCCCCCCAUGGUUGACCAGGCUCUAUCUGAACUACAGUUUGCCUUCAUUGUAUUAAAGAACAUCUUUAUUGACCUGAAAUUAGUAUUGAAUGCAGGUUAAACUAACUAUAUGAUGUUCUCUAGAGCUCAUAGAAAUUACUCUUGAUUUAAGCAUGCAUACUUUUGAUAGUGUCCAUAUUGAUGAUAGUGGCCCUGCAUACAAAUAUCUGGAUAGAUGAAACGCUGUCUUUUAAAAAGCAUAUUGAGGCGUUAGUAAAGAAGCUGAGAAUAAAAAUGGGCUUCUAUAGAAAUAGAUCCUGCCUCUCACUAAACAGUAGAAAUUAGAUUAUUCAGUCGACGUUCCUAUCGGUCCUAGAUGAUGACGACGUCUAUAUGAAUGCAGCUGCCACUUCAUUAAAGCCUUCAGAUGCAGUUUAUCAUAGUGCACUGCACUUUAUUAUAGGCAAUAAUUUUAGUACUCAUCACUGCAUUCUCUAUCAAAGUUGGUUGGCCCUCUUUGAUGUCAUGUAGGUUGAUACAUUGCUAUGUUAUUUGUGGAACAAUCUUCAAAAUGUUCUAAAAUGUUAUGUUUUGGUGCCUCUAGGGAAAUUCAGAAGGAUAAUUGAGGACCUUAAUACUGAUUGUUUUUUUUAUGACCAUGUGUUUCUUUCUACUUGCAUUUUGUAUUUAUAUUGAUGUGUGUAAUUUAUGGCUUUCUGUAAAAGAGACCUUGGUCUCCGUAUGACUCCUUGAUAAAACAAAGGUUAAAUAGAAUGUUUAAAGAGAUGGCAAUGUUUGCAUGAGUAACUAGUAGAAACGUUUUCGCUUCCCUGGCAGUUGAAACUCAAACAUAGAAGUUAUACUGCAUCUGGAGACAUCACAAUGAUGACAAAAGCUUUUUCUACUAAUUAUUUGCCUCUUUUUGAAAUGUCUUUGUGUUUCCAAGCCAAAGUAAUGCACUUUAGACAAUCUUAAUCAGUUACAAUUGAGACUGCAUUGAGUUGAAUGCUCAGCUAGGCAUCAAUCCUAAAACGAACAUUCCUAACAUUGUGACGAAACGUGCAGCCAUGAAUAUAGCCUAUUCCAACUUGCGCUGCAACAUUGCCUGGAUGGGGGCUGUGCGCACAUGAAGAGCUGUGCACAGGCAAAAGUUGUUCUAAUUUACUUGAAACAAAAGUCUAAAGUAAGACUUUGUCCUUGAGUUUCUUGGCAAUUCACUAUGUAUUGUUCACAAGCAAACUUGUUUUUCUAUGUUUGAGUUUCAACUGCUAGGGAAGUGAAAACAACAUUUCUACUAGUUAGACUCCAUUCAAGGGGCAUUAUUGGCAUGGGAAACAUGUUUACAUUGCCAACGCACCUGAAAUGGAUAAACAAAAGUGAAAUAAACAGUAAAUAUUACACUCACAAGUUCCAAAAUAAUGGAGACAUUUCAAAUGUUAUGUGUUAUACAGUGUUGUAACGAUGUGCAAAUAGUUAAAGUACAAAUAGGAAAAUAAAUAAAUAUAAAUAUGGGUUGUAUUUACAAUAGUGUUUGUUCUUCACUGGUUGCCCUUGUGGCAACAGGUCACAAAUCUUGCUGCUGUGAUUGCAUACUGUGGUAUUUCACCCAAUUGAGAUGGGAGUUUAUCAAAAUUGUGUUUGUUUUCUAAUUCUUUGUGGGUCUGUGUAAUCUGAGGGAAAUAUGUGUCUCUAAUAUGGUCAUACAUUUGGCAGGAGGUUAGGAAGUGCAGCUCAGUUUCCACCUCAUUUUGUGGGCAGUGUGCACAGCCUGUUUUCUCUUGAGCGCCAGGUCUGCCACUGUGUACAGUACUCUCUGUUUAGGGCCAAAUAGCAUUCUUGUUUGCUCUGUUAAUUUUUUCCAAUGUGUCAAGUAAUUAUAUUUUUGUUUUCUCAUGAUUUGGUUUGGUCUAAUUGUGUUGCUGUCCUGGGGCUCGGUGGGGUCUGUUUGUGUUUGUGAACAGAGCCCCAGGACCAGAUUGCUUAAGGGACUCUUCUCCAGGUUAAUCUGUCUGUAGGUAUUGGCUUUGUAUUUGAAGGUUUGGGAAUCGCUUCCUUUUAGGUGGCUGUAGAAUUGAACGUCUCUUUUCUAGAUUUAGAUCAUUAGCGGGUAUCGGCUUAAUUCUUCUGCAUGCAUUAUUUGGUCAUUUACAUUGUACGCAGAGGAUAUUUUGCAGAAUUCUGCAUGCAGUCUCAAUUUGGUGUGUCUCAUUUUGUGAAUUCUUGGUUGGUGAGUGGACCCCAGACCUCCCAACCAUAAAGGGCAAUGAGUUCUAUAACUGAUUCAAGUAUUUUUUGCCAGAUCCUAAUUGGUAUGUCAGAUUUUAUGUUCCUUUUGAUGAUGGCAUAGAAGGCCCUUCUUGCCUUGUCCCUCAGAUCGUUCACAGCUCUGGAAGUUAACUGUGGCGUUGAUGUUUAGGCCGAGGUAUGUAUUGUUUUUUUCUGUGCUCUAGGGCAACGGUGUCUAUAUUUAAUUUGUAUUUGUGGACCUGGCAACUGGACCUUUUCUGGAACACCAUUACUUUUGUCUUACUGAGAUUUACUGUCAGGGCCCAGGUCUGGCUGAAUCUAUGCAGAAGAUCUAGGUGCUGCUGUAGGCCCUCCUUGGUUGGUGACACAAGUACCAGAUCAUCAGCAAACAGUAAACAUUUGACUUCAGACUUUAGUCUGUCCUCUGACAACAGCUCCAGGGCAUGCCUAGUGUUUGGGCACCAGUGUUCUAGCCACUUUGUGUUGGGGAAAAUGUUUAUGCUCUUGAAUGUAUUUGGCAUGUGAGUUAAUGAGGAGCACAAUUUCUGCUUUUGUGUGUCCCCAGUGGAUGUGUGGGGGUUGUCAGGAAAGCUAUCGGGGGAGCUGACGGGGUCUGUUGGGUUGGUGGGUCCUGUACUGUCUGUCCCAUUGUGCUGUUGAGGUCUGAGGUGGGCUGUUCUGCUGGCUUUUCAAUCUCACAGGCAGAAACAUGACUCGAGUCAUGUGACCACAGUAACCUCCCACUUUUAAUUAAAGUGGCAGAUUAAUAUUUUUUUCUCAUCUGAUAUUUUGCUUAAAAUGAAAUUUAACAAUAUACCACAUGACUUCUUACUAGUAAUACAUUUGUUUUAGAAACGUUACAAAGCAUGCUCAUCUGUUUUUGUGUGUGUGUGUGUCUAAUUUGAGCAACAACUAAAAAUAUUUUGGCUGGUAAAAAAAAAAAUCUGAGUGGCUGGUACUGUAGAUUUAUUUAUCUAACUGCCACAGUGGCUGGUGGACCAAAAAGUUAAUUUUAUGCCCUGCUCACAGCUUUACCAUAAAGUGAAGUGAAUUCUCAACAACAAAGGAUCAUAAUUACUUGUGUCCUGCCUGAGGCGGCUCAGAAGUGAGCCACACAUUUUUUGUAAAUAUAACAAACCAUGAGAAAAUACCCAUUCUCAAUAUUGAUCAUGUCGCAUUUGACAUUACAUGGACUCUAGCCAUACUGACUAAAAUUGUAAUUAUUUUUUAAGUCCGUAUGGAAACUUGGACUCAUGCUUCUCUUAUUAAGGUUUAUUUGUCAAUGUGCUUUGAUAUUUUGGGUUGUGAAAUAAAUAUGGUAACAUCAAAA